CUUGGUCCUUGUACAUACACUGAAAUCUGCACAUUUGAAAAUCAUCUAAAUAUACAAAUCGUAGUAAUAAGCAGUGAAAAUUUAAAUAAAGUCUCGUAUAAAGGAAGAUAUCGAACUCGUCGCAUUAAUUUGUGGCAACACAAUGGCCAUUUUGAUGUCAUUACAAAUUUACACGGUUUUUAUGGUUCGAAAAACUAUUGCGAAAAUUGUGAAAAGCCAUAUGACCGUCCAGAAGAUCACAGGUGUGACAAUAUGUGCCAUGUCUGCCUAAGAUUUCAAUGCGUUCCAGCAUUGCCUAAAAGAUGUAAAGAUUGUGAUCGCCUCUGUCAAUCUGAGGACUGCUUUGCAGCGCAUAAAGCCGUCACAGGUAGACAAGAGCAUUCAGUAUGCGAUAGGAUGUAUCAGUGCAGACAAUGCUCAAAAGUUAUCAUGCGACGGCAGUGUCCUAAAAUUUUACAUCGUUGCGGGACUAUCAAAUGCCCUUCGUGUAAAGAGUAUGUUAUAGCGUCAGAACAUCAUUGUUUCUUACAACUCAUUUCUGCGAAAAGUCCAUCCGAUAAAUUAAUUUUCUUUGAUUUCGAAACUGACCAAUCAUCAGGGGAACACAUCGUAAACUUUGCUGUAGCGCAGUACAAAGAUGGCCAAGAGAAAAUAUUUAAAGGAUACGAAGCAUGUCAUGAAUUCUGCUCUUGGCUGUUUACAACAGUGCACAAAAAUUACACUGUUAUUGCACACAAUAUGAAGGGAUUUGACGGUCAGUUUAUAAUGGCAUGGCUUUUAGAACAGGGUACGGCACCUGAAGUAAUCCCUAAUGGCUCUAAAGUGAUGGUAAUCACCCAUACCGCCCUCAACAUAAAACUUAUUGAUUCUUUUAAUUUCCUGCCGAUGGCUCUCUCAAAGCUGCCUGCUUGUUUCGGCCUUACAGAACUAAAAAAAGGAUAUUUUCCGCACCUUUUCAACAAGAAAGAAAAUCAAAAUUAUGUGGGAUUUUUACCUGAGCCUAAGUACUACAAUCCUGAUUGUAUGACUAGUGCGGUGCGAACCUCCUUUUUGGAAUGGCAUAAAGAACACGAGAAGGAUAUAUUUGAUUUCCAAGAAGAAAUUCUCACGUAUUGCCGAUCAGAUGUUGAUAUCCUUCGUAGAUGUUGCGUUGAAUUUAGAAAUCAGUUUUUAGAAAUUACAGGAGUAGACCCCUUUUGUUACAUAACCAUUGCAUCAGCGUGUAUGGCGGUUUACAGAUCCCGACACAUAAUACCUAAUACCAUCGCAAUGAUACCUGUAGGAGGUUAUAUCAAUCGCACGAAUCAUAGUCCUGACUGUAUUCGUUGGCUUGAUUUUAUUGCCCAAAAAGAGAGCAUUGAAAUCGAACACGCUUUGAACGGAAAAGGAGAAAGACGAUUGGAUGGUAUAUCUGUAGACGGAUAUUGCAAAGAAACAAAUACUGUUUAUCAAUACUACGGAUGUUUCUUUCACGGUUGCUCCACCUGUUUUGACGGAGAUGCACUCCACCCCAUAACAAAAUUACCCAUGUCGACAUUGCGACAACAAACGGUAGACAAGACUUACCAGCUACGUGAUCGAGGGUAUAAUGUAAUUGAAAUGUGGGAGCAUGAGUUUGAGAUGAAAAAGAAAACAGAUGAAAAAGUAAAAUAUUUUCUUCUAAGUCACGAGCUUCAGGAUCGAUUGAAUCCUAAAGAUGCUUUCUUCGGCGGGCGGACAAAUGCCAUUCAGCUGUAUUAUGAGGGUGAUGCAAAGUAUGUGGAUUUCACUUCACUGUAUCCAUGGGUCAAUAAAUACUGUUUGUACCCCGUCGGACACCCUAAUAUUAUUACUGAAAAUUUUGAUGCCUUGGAAAACUAUUUCGGUAUUAUAAAGUGCCGAAUACUGCCUCCUCGAGGUUUAUACCUCCCCGUAUUGCCGUACAGAGCACAAAAUAAACUGAUGUUUCCCCUCUGCAAGACUUGUGCUGAAUUAAUGUAUCAAGGCAUUUGCCAGCACUCAGAUGAUGAGAGAGCCAUCAUUGGCACAUGGGUGACUGAAGAAGUCAAAUUAGCAGUGAAAAAAGGUUACUGUAUAACAAAGAUUUAUGAAGUGUACCAUUUUUCUCAAUUUACGGAUACUCUAUUUCAAUCUUAUAUCAACUUGUUUUUAAAAAUAAAACAAGAAAGCAGCGGCUGGCCAGCCGAUUGUGUAAGCUCGACCGAACGAAAACGCUACAUUGAAGCCUAUUUUGAGCGAGAGGGUGUGCAGCUUGAUGAAUUUAAUAUUAAGAAGAAUCCUGGAAGACGGCAAGUAGCCAAAUUGGCUUUGAACAGCUUCUGGGGGCGAUGGGGAAUGAACCUGAACAAGAUACGUUUGACUUAUGUUCAUACAUUACCUGAUUUCAAUAAAUUAUUAGCAGAUCCAACAAAAAAUAUCAAAGACUUAUAUUUUCCGACUCCUGAAGUAGCUGCUGUGCAAUGGGACUAUAAACAUUAUUUUGUUCCACAGGACACAUCCACAAAUGUGUUCUUGGCAGCUUUUACUACUGCAUGGGCACGGUUAAAGCUUUACAGUGAAAUGGAGAAGUUGGGCCGUGCUGUGUUGUAUCAUGACACGGAUUCAAUUAUAUACGCAAGCGAUUUUACCAACGAUCCGCCUCUUGGUAAUUUUUUGGGGGAUUUUACAGAUGAACUCAAUGGAGAUACUAUUACUACAUUUGUCUCUGGAGGCCCUAAAAAUUACGCUUAUGUAACAGCCCGAGGAAUGACUUGCUGUAAAGUUCGAGGUUUCUCCCUCAACUUCAAAAAUCAACAGAUUUUAAAUUUUUUGGAGAUUAAGAAUUUAGUGUGCUCGAUGGAUCGAAAAACAACAAUCGCCAUGUACGAUGAACAUAAAAUCAUGAGAGAUGCCAAAAAGAGGAAAGUUUUAACUAAGGCAGAAACAAAACUGUACAAAAUUGUUUACAACAAAAGAGUCAUUUUAAGUGCCUUUUCUUAAACGAGAGGAGUAUAUAAAGCUUCACACAUUUCUGAAGAUCAUCAGUACCCCACAAAAUGGAGUGGCCUGUGUUGAAACACCCUUCCACAUCUCUCAUCAGCGGUCCGACAGGAUCCGGUAAGACAUAUUUU